AACUCCAACCCAUAGACAAAAUGGUCAGCUUCAAGUCCCUCGCCACCCUCCUUGCUUUUGGCGUUCUCUCCGCCACUGCUGCCCCUGCUGGAGAUGCUCUGAACGGGAGCCAUCUUGAGGCUCGGCAGUCGCCCCGUCAGGUCUUUGCCUGCAAGGAUUGGUACUGGCAAGGACAGUGUAUCACCUGGGACAUGACCUACGCUGAAUGCAAGAACCGUCCCGCGGAGUGGAACGAUGUCAUCAGCUCAAUCAAAAGUGUUCACAAAACUGGUGUCUAUUGCGAGUGGUGGGAGCACGCCAACUGCUCUGGCGAGCGUUACGACAACCAGGAGGACGCCAAUCUUCACGAUGGCAGUGGCUUCUUCGCCGAUCGCAUCAGUUCCAUUCGCUGCUACUAAGCCCGGCAAUGAGCUAGCCAUAUAUGUGAAUGGUCGGUGACGUCGUGUGCAGUAUUGAGAGGGAAACGAGGUUUGGGGGAAGUCGAUUGACUGAUUUAUGGUAAUGGUUGGAAUGGGAAGUUUGGCACGCAGUUGGCGUCAUGUGUGACUACUUAGGUAUACAGUUUGCAAAUCCACUUUCUGUAUGUACGCUUGCUCACGCAAUUCUGCAUGUAACGAUUAGACGCAUGCUUUAAAGGAUACCUGGGUAGAGAGAAUACACUUACCAUCCGGAAA